GAGCCCCACUUCCUCAUGGCUACCUCUGAACCAGCAGCCCCUGAGAAGGAGCACUCGGCCCGGCACAUGGCCAAGACCUGCUGGAACGUCUUCUGGGGUUUCUGGGACUACGAGACGCCCAAGGUGAUCGUGGUGAAGAACAGAAACUUGGGCUUCAUCUACCGCACAGUGCAGCUACUCAUCCUUCUCUACUUUGUCUGGUAUGUAUUCAUCAUUCAGAAAGGCUACCAGGACAGUGAGACUGGGCCUGAGAGCUCUGUCAUCACCAAGGUCAAGGGCAUCACCAAGUCCCAGAACAAAGUAUGGGAUGUAGAAGAGUAUGUGAAACCCCCUGAGGGGGGCAGUGUGUUUAGCAUCAUCACUCGGGCAGAAAUCACUCCCUCCCAGACCCUGGGAACCUGCCCUGAGAGCAUACGCAUUCGUAAUGCCACCUGCCUUUCUGACAGUGACUGCAUAGCGGGGGAAAUGGACAUGCUGGGCAAUGGAGAGAAAACUGGACGCUGUGUUCCCUAUUACCAGGGGACUGAGAAGACAUGUGAAGUGUCAGCCUGGUGCCCUGUGGAGAAUGAAGCAGUCUACAGUGAGUUCCUGGGGAAGAUGGCCCCACAGUUCACCAUUCUUAUCAAGAACAGCAUACACUACCCUAAAUUCCAAUUCUCCAAGGGGAACAUCAGGGACUAUGAUGAUGGCUACCUGAAACACUGCACCUUCAAUGCUGACACCAACCUCUACUGUCCCAUAUUUAAAUUGGGCUUCAUUGUGGAGCAGGCAGGAGAGAACUUCACAGAGCUGGCCUAUAAGGGUGGCGUCAUUGGGGUCAUUAUCAACUGGAACUGUGACCUGGACCUGUCUGAGUCCAAAUGCAAUCCUAAAUAUUCCUUCCGGCGGCUUGACCCUAAGCACAUCCAGGCUUCCUCAGGCUACAAUUACAGAUUUGCCAAGUACUACAACCACAAUGGCACAGCCUCCCGUACUCUCAUCAAAGCCUAUGGGAUCCGAAUUGACGUUAUAGUGCACGGACAGGCUGGGAAGUUCAGCCUGAUUCCCACCAUCAUUAACGUGGCCACAGCGCUGACUUCCAUCGGAGUGGGCUCCUUCCUCUGCGACUGGAUCUUACUGACCUUCAUGAAUAAGAAUAAGGUCUACAGUCACAGAAAGUUUGACAAGGUACAGCCCAUUCUCCCUCCCUCUCCCUCCCUCGGGCAGUGCCCUGCAGACAGCUCUACAAGCCAGAGCCAGACUUCCAAGCACUUCCCUUCGCUGCAGAUGGGCAAACUGAGGCUCAGGGAAGGACCCCAGGAAAAUGACUUACAGAAGAGGGGCCAGUAG